GUGGGUACGGGUAGCGCGGCGGCGGUUGCGCGGGCUGUGGCGGCGGUUGCGCGGACUGGGCCCCAUGGCCUCCUCCUCUAGCAUCGACAUCGAGGAUGCGACCCAGCACUUGCGGGACAUCCUCAAGCUGGACCGGCCUGGAGGUUCAGUAAAUGAGAACCGGAGAUCAUCAAAUUCAUACAAUGGAGACCUGAAUGGACUGCUGGUGCCUGAUCCCAUUGUGGCUGGAGAUGGACCUUCUUUGGUUAAGCCAGUGCAUCGCAGCAUUUCUCUGGGAGUCCUGCAGGAGAACCAAGUCAUCUGCCUUUCCGGUGAUGACAGCUCCACUUGCGUAGUGAUAUCAGCAAAAGAUGUGGAGAUAGUGGCCAGCAGUGAUUCCAGCAUCACCAGUAAGGCCAGAGGGAGUAACAAGGUGAAAAUACAGCCUGUUGCUAGAUAUGACUGGGAGCAGAAAUACUACUAUGGCAAUCUGAUAGCUGUUUCAAAUUCAUACCUGGCUUAUGCCAUUAGAGCUGCCAGUAAUGGCUCCGCUAUGGUGCGGGUGUUGAGCGUCAGCACUGCUGAGCGUACCUUGCUGAAAGGAUUCACAGGCGGUGUGGCAGACCUGGCUUUUGCCCAUCUCAACUCCAACCAACUGGCAUGCCUGGAUGAGGCUGGCAACCUUUUUGUCUGGCGUCUGGCCAUGGAUAAAGAGAAAAUUCAAGAGGAGAUCUUAGUGAACAUCAAACGACCUGACAAUACCCCAUUGAACACUUCUCGAAGAAUCAUCUGGUGUCCUUUCAUCCCAGAUGAUAAUGAGGAGAGUGGUGAAGAGGGAAGUCAAACAUUGGCAUUGUUGCACGAAGACAGGGCAGAGGUGUGGGAUUUGGACAUUAUUCGAACAAACAACAGCUCUUGGCCAGUGGAAGUGCCUAGCAUCAAAGAAGGCUUCAUUGUAGUGAAAGGUCACAGCACGUGCCUGAGUGAGGGAGCACUUUCUCCAGAUGGAACUGUGUUGGCCACAGCAAGCCAUGAUGGUUUUGUCAAAUUCUGGCAGAUCUAUAUUGAAGGGCAAGAUGAGCCAAGGUGUCUUCAUGAGUGGAAGCCCCAUGAUGGUAGGCCCCUCUCCUGUCUGCUCUUCUGUGACAACCAUAAAAAACAAGAUCCAGAGGUUCCCUUCUGGAGAUUCCUUAUCACAGGAGCAGACCAGAAUAGAGAGCUGAAGAUGUGGUGCACUGUGUCUUGGACCUGUCUGCAGACUGUCCGCUUUUCUCCAGACAUCUUCAGCUCUAUGAGUAUUCUUCCCAGCCUGAAAGUCUGCCUCGACCUCUCCGCUGAAUAUCUGAUACUGAGUGAUGUGCAAAGAAAAGUCUUGUAUGUGAUGGAGCUGAUGCAAAACCAAGAGGAGGGCAAAGCUUACUUUAGCUCUAUCUCAGAGUUUCUCCUUACCCACCCAGUCCUAAGCUUUGGCAUCCAGGCAGUGAGCCGCUGCCGGUUAAGGCAUACAGAAGUCCUCCCAGCAGAAGAGGAAAAUGACAACUUGAGUGUGGAAGGUGCUCAGGGAGCUGGGGCUGUUGAGUCGGCAGCAGGCGUACUUAUAAAACUCUUCUGUGUGCACACCAAGGCCCUACAGGAUGUGCAGAUCAGAUUCCAGCCUCUCCAUAGUCCUGAUAUGGCUGCAUCCAUACCUUCCCAUGGGCCUCAUGAAGAAUUUGCCUUUCCAGACCAUAUGGCUGAUCUAAGCACGGAAGGGCUGGGAUCUGAAAAGGGAUCUGUGCAUGGCUCUCAACCAGACUUGCGGCGUAUUGCUGAUCUCCCUGUACCAGCAGACUUUCUUUCUCUCUCAAAUGAUGCCAAGCCUAAGUUGAUGACUCCAGAUGCAUUCAUGAUGCCGAGUACAUCUCUUCAACAGAUCACUGUAUCUCCAGGCAGUAGUGUCAGUUCCCUGACUGUAGUCACAGCCAUGAGUAGCACUUCUGUCACUGACACCUCUAUGCCCAGGGUGUCGGAAGACUUGACAGUAAGCCCCAAGAUGCAGCUGGACACCAGCCUCACACUGAGUAGCAGUAGCAGCAGCCUUCAGACUAGUCCUAGGAGCCAUUCAGUUCUUAUCCCUGGCCUCCCUGACAAGCUAACAUCAAAGGCACCUGUCACACCAGGCAACCCCUCUCUAGCUCUGGAACUGCAGGAAGUGGAGCCCUUGGUAGUGCCUCAGGCUUCUCCCACCCGUGAACGUUCGCCAGAUGUCAUUUCCUCUGCUUCUACAGCCAUGUCCCAAGAUAUCCCAGAGAUUGCUUCUGAGACCUUGCAACGCAGUUUUGCAGCUGGUCCGUCUGGGCUCCCUGCAGAGGUGCUGGAGCCCAGUCAUCAUGCAGACAGUAUGGCAUCAGCUGCUUCAGCCUUGCAUUUGCUGUCUCCGAGGAACUGCCACAAUUCUGAUCACAGCCACCACUCUUUGGACAUGGCUCAAGUAGAGGUGGACAGACUGAAUGCUCCAUCAUUACUGGAGACUGCUUUAACUCAGGAAGAUGCGUCUUCUGACACUGUUGUGAGUCAGCCAUGGCCAGCAGCUCCUGACAUAACCAGAGAAACUAGGAACAGCAUGGCGGACAGCCCAAGGGAUGAAGUUGAAGAAAAACACAAGAGCUCAUCCCAUCACCGACACAGCUACCAUCUGCUGCAACAUGACAGCCAGGAUGCUAGUGCAGAACAGAGUGACCAUGAUGAUGAAGUUGCAAGUUUGGCUUCUACAUCAGGUGGAUUUGGUGCCAAAGCAUCUACGCAGAGGCUGCCUGUGAAGGACUGGAAAGCCAAGGCAUCCCCUCGGGCUUCCCCAAAGCUAAAACGGAAGGGCAAGAAAGAUGACGGGGAUGUGAACCAGUCACCAAGAUCAUCUAACAACCAGGUGACACCAGAGUUCCAGGAUGAGCUGAUGUGCAUAUUGAGGAGCCAACAGCGGGAGCUCUCUGAGCUGCGUCAGAACCAGAUGGAGCUGUUGCAGAGACUCACGGAUCACUUGGAUGCCAUUCAGAGCUCCAUUAUGGGCCAUGUGGAGAGGGUGAUUGACUCCCAGCAGGAGCAGGAGCAGAGGAGACUAGAUAGAGUGCUGACGGAAGGACAGCAGCGCAAUGGACAGCUCCAAGAGCAUCUUUCUCAGCAGCUCUCUCAGUCCCUCUCCACUGCAGUGUGUAAUCGUCUGGAGAGAACCAUUCGUGAAGAGAUGAAGAAGACAGUACCCCAAUGCAUUUCUAAGAGCAUGGAACCUAUUGCUGGCCAGCUAAGUAACACUAUUGCCACGAAGCUCAAUGCUGUUGAGGGCACACUGAAAGAGAAUAUCACCAAGCUAGUGAAAUCAAAGAACCUUACAGAUGCUGUUGUGAGAGCAACGGCUGAUAUCCUGCAAGGACCGAUCCAGUCAGCAUACAGGGAAGCAUUCCAAAGUGUCGUAUUGCCCGCCUUUGAGAAGAGCUGCCAGUCCAUGUUCCAGCAAAUCAAUGAAACCUUCAAGCAGGGCACACAGGAAUAUAUCCAGCAGCUUGAGACUCACAUGAAGAACAAGAAAGCGCGAGAACAGGAGACCCGGGACCCGCUGCUGAAUCAGCUUCGACAGCUUAUCGGCACUUUCCAGAGCACCACUGAACAACUGGCUUCCACCAUUGCGGCCAGUGUCCAUGCUGAGGUCCAGCAUCAGCUGCAUAUUAUUGUGGGCAACAUGCAGGAGUCUAUUUUGGCUCAAGUGCAGAGAGUCAUUAAAGGAGAAGUGAGCCUGGCUAUGAAGGAGCAGCAAGCAGCUGUCACCUCAAGCAUUGUCCAGGCAAUGCGUUCAGCGGCAGGGACUCCGAUCCCCUCUACUCAUCUGGACUUCCAGUCUCAACAAACUCACAUCCUUCAGCUACUGCAGCAGGGACACCUCAAUCAAGCUUUCCAGCAGGCUCUAACAGCAGCUGAUCUCAAUCUGGUCCUGUAUGUAUGUGAGACUGUGGAUCCUCAGCAAGUAUUUGGCCAACAUCCAUGCCCACUGUCCCAGCCUGUGCUCCUGUCUCUCAUUCAGCAGCUUUCCUCAGAUUUGGGUACUCGUACGGAACUGAAACUGAAUUACUUGGAGGAAGCAGUGAUGCACCUGGACCACGGUGACCCCAUUACCCGAGACCACAUGGGAUCUGUCAUGAACCAGGUGCGGCAGAAGCUCUUCCAGUUUCUGCAGGUGGAGCCGCACAACACGCUGAGCAAACCUGCCCGUCGCCUCAUGAUAAUGCUUCAGGGCCUGGUCACCCCUGGCAUGAGCUAAGAGAACCUCGCUAUCUUGUGGGCUGCUCCAUGGAAGCCCACCCAGCAGAUCCAGUAGUAACUAACCAUGUAUGGCUUGUGUUAAGAGCUCUUGCCAGGAAAUCUAUCAACAUGUGUGUGAUGUCUCUAAGGCAAAUGCCAUCUGUGUAUAGUCCCAAAUAAUCACUGAACACUCA